AUGUUUGUGCGAUCGCUCUCCACGAUCCGACGGCCGGAAAUCGUUCGUCGGCUCAGCAGCGUACGCACGAUGGGAGCAGCAGCAGCAGCAACGAGACGCGAGUUUGGAAUCAUAGGCAUGGCACGCUCCUCCGCACAAUCAUGUCAGGAGCACUGGUCCCGCCUCUUCCUUCGAUACUUAGAGCUUUCCCUCCAGCUUCCCUCACAUGCUGCUGCUGGUGGGGUGAACACCAGUAGUGCUCGGGAGCCUGCGGCCCAGCCUCGGUCGCUGUCGGGGCUGUUUGCCUCGGACGAGGGCGAGUGGCUCGGGAGCGCCGUACCUGUGGUUCGGAGCGCGCAUAGCAACCCCAACUGGACGGCAGCUUCGGCAUUAAGAGAAUACGAGUGGGUGAAGAGGAAGUUCCAAGGGGCGUGUGGUAGCUGCGAGCAAUUUUCAGAGAGUCAGGUGCGGCAGCUGUUUGCUUGUGGGCUGGCUGUGUGGGUCAAGUACUGGGAGCAGUGGGGCGAGGAGAAACCUGACUGGGCUUAUGAGCUUGAGGAGUGGUAUGGUGGGGAGGAGGGCGAGGAGGGGGGUGAGAGAGAGGAACAAGAGGAGGAGGUAAUUCGGCGCCCGUCCUUCUUCUCCUCCUCUUUCGCGCAAUCCCUGCGCCGCCACGGCACCCUAGGCCGCAGCACAGCCACCCUCGCUGCUCCCGCUGCUGCUGGCAGUGCCGCUCCCAUGCCCUCACCCGUAGAGGCCCGGUGGGGCUCCCAAGGCUCUCUGCAGUACAGACUUGCAAAGGAGGCUCUAGCAGGGGCAGGGGCAGCGGCAGGAUCAGGGGGGGGAGGGGGAGGAGGAGGGGGGUACUUGCAGGGGAUGAUCUGCAGGCAGGAUGAGGUGGUGUUGCUGGUGGGUCUCGCUGCGUCCAUCUGCUCUUGGCAGCCCGCCACCGCAUGCAUGUGCCUCCUUCACCUCCUCGACCGCCUAGCCUUUCUUGAAUCCGCCGCUCGUGCUGCUGAGGCUGCAGCUGCUGCCGUCGCUGCUGCCGGCUUGGGGAAUGUGAGGGCCGCUGCUGCGGCGGCUGCUGCUGUUGCUCCUCCUGCUCCUGCUUCUGCUGUGGUUCCAGCAGGUGUGGCUGGUGGUCAGCAACAGGGGGUGUUGCUGCUCUCCUCCCCUCGCGCGUCUUCUCGAUUCGGGAGGAGCGGGGAUAGCCAGCCCACGUCUCCCACGUUAGGGCAGGCGCAAAGGGAGGGUGCUGCUGCUGCUGCAGCUGGCAUUUUUCCUCGUGUUGGUUCAGCUUCUGGGCUGGAUGCUGCUCCUGACAAUGGGAAACACCACCACCAACACCAUCACCAGCACCAGCACCAGCAGCAGCAGCAGCAGCACGAGCAGGGUGCAAGCCACAAGCGCCGCUUCUCUCUUGCGAUAGGCUCUGCUCUCCUUGGCUCAGCUUUCUCAAGCUUCCAACACUCAGGCUCUGCUGCUCCUGCUGCCGCUGCCGCUGCCGCCGCUGGUUCUGGGUCCGUCUCGCUGAAUGCCGCUAGCUCUGCUGCUACAGCUGCUGUUGCCAGAGUUAGUGUUAGCCAAAUCACCUCUACCAGCACCACCAGCAGCAGCACCACUUUUCCUCCCAGCGCCUGUGGCAGCGGUAGCAGUACCAGCGGCUCCGUUCCCGCUUCCCCAAGCGGCUCUUUCCCUCAAGACGCCUCUCUGGACUCCCCCCACCUCUCGGUAUCCGGCAUGCCUGCUCUCUUUGACCUCCUCCCCUCCGCCCAUCUCGCCUCCUGCCGCGCGCUGGUCAUGAGCUGCCUCCGGUCUGUGCUUACUGCUUGCUUUGACCGCGCUGCUGCUAGCGGCGCUCUGGGAGGAGGGGGGGUGGAUGGUGGGGUGGAGGGAAUGGGACGGUCGAGCUCGCGGCAUGAGCUGGUGAUGCAGGCGCUGUUGAAGCAGCAGCAGGAGCAGCAGCAGCAGGAGGAGGAGAUGCAGAGGAAGCUGCGUGCGGAGCAGGCGAGGCACAGCAACUUGUCAGAGCGAUGCGAGGAGAUAGACCGUCUCUACUACUCCUUCGGCUUCGGCCCUGGUCUUCUAGCCAUGAACCUUGCUGUGGAAACCCGGUCUCUCAGGAACCUCUCUCCAGACGAUCUGCUAGCCUUGGCACGGCACUGCGUGCGCAUGGGCCUGCACGAAGCUGCUUUCAGGUUCGGCAUGGCUGCCGUAGCGACCGGUAGGCUCGGGGUCGACGGGUUCGCGCAGGUGAUUUCGAUGGUGUUUCUCGGGCGAGGCGUGGAGUCGGUUUCAGCGCGGUUCGCGCGGCUUGCUACUGCGAUCAAGAAUGCACCAGGAUCAGCCAUGGCUGCUGCACCUACUGCUACAGCAGCUGCAGUCACAGCUGCUGUGGCGUCCGCACUUGGCCCCGCCGCUAUGGCAACUGCGGGGCUGCAUCUUCCGCCGCUGCCGCAGCCCACGCCUGCUCCUGUGUACAUCGGGCAGUUUGCAGAUGCGAUGCUGAGGAGCAAGCAGCUGAAGCAGCGGUUCCCGUGGGCGUAUGAGGUGACUCUGAACUUCCUCAGGAUGAAUCUCCGGGGUAAUCCUGGGGGUGGGCCCAGCAGUGGUGCGGCGUCGUUCAACCUCUCUGGUGCUUCUGCUUCUCCAUCUGCUUCUACUGGUGGUAGUGGUGGUGGUGGUGCUGGGAAUGGUGUGAUUGGCCUGGUUGGAGGAACAGGAUCGUUAUCAUUUGCAUCAGCAGUAGCAGGAGCAGCAGCAGGAGCAGCUAGAGCAGUGUCACACCGUACAUCGACUGCUACUGCCACAACCUCUGCUGCAGCUGCUGCUGCUGCUGCUGCUGCUGCUUCGCUAUCCCCUUCAUCCUCUUCCCUCUCCUCCAACCCCCCCGCCCCCACGAGCGGGCUGGCAGCAUUAGAAGCGCUAGAGCGCGAGUUAGCAGCACAUGUGGUUCUCAACCGGUGGCUGGGAGUAGGCCUUCCGGGUAGUGGCGUGCGCACAGUGGGGCAGGCAGAGGAGCGAGCAGUGGAGGUAGUAGAGCAGAUUGUAGACCCGGAGCAGCAGGUGGGGUGGGCCGUGUGGCUGCGCGUGGGGCGGCUGUUGGAGAGCGAGCAGCCGCAGCUGCCCAUGCUGCUGGAGACGAUGCAAGUCAAGUCCGUCAUGCAUACGUACGAGCUCAUAGACGCCAACGGGGAAGCAGCAAACUACCUCGCCCUAGAAGCCUUUGAUUGGGGCUUACAGGGGCUGCUCGCCUGCCUAGACCCCUCCGACGGGGCAGCGGAGCUCAUAGAUUUGAUUUACCCGCUGGACGAGGAGCGCGUGCUGCUGUGCCUCACCAUUGCCACCCGCAUGGCUGCCACGCACACCGUGGGGAGCGGGCGGCGAUGGCCGACCCGAGAUCUGCCAAAGUUUGUCGCCCAGUUGCUGUCUCUAGCGGAGACGUGGCGCAUGGAGGGGCAGCAGAUGUCGCGAGCAGUGAGCGUGGUCACUCUGCUGUGGGGCUGGGCGCUGCCCAAGAGAGAACAGCUCAUGGACCAAUGCGGGUCUGCUGACGAAGCAAGGGAAGUCAUGGAGCGAACUGCAUCCUCUAUAUGGGGGUCCCUUGCACAAGGAUCCCAAAAGUAG